GCAAAACCGCCGAACGAGGCGUCGAGUAAAAACCGUUGGCAGCCACAAAAACAACAUCAAAUUUCUGACAGGCCCUGUUGAUCUAUUCCUUUUUGCGAACCCACCCCGAGCCUGGUUGACAAAGUUUAGGCCGUCCUGUGUCUUGCGGGGAGCAUGGACCAUCCGUCAUGAACCAUGACCUUCGUCUGCUCGUCAACUUCACCUUAGCUCCUGGUCCCGCGCGCCCCAGACCUCUUUGUGCUCCUAUCCCAUGCUGAUAUCAACUAUUUUGGAUGUCUCUAGUCUCUGGGGGCGUGACACCAUAUCCUUCAGGCGGGGCCAUGAGUUCUGACCAGGAUUCAGGCCCAGGGCCUGAUAUCCCAUCAUGGAUUGUCCAGAACAAGGGGUUGAUCGAGGCUGCUCUCCGCUUGGCGCAGAAGCAAUGUCUGGGAUCCCUUCCACAGCUAGAACUGUUAUAUACCAUCUGUCCCAGGAAUCCGAAACACUUAAACCGGACCAGUAUUUGUUGUGCUUCAUGCUAUAGCUUAUUGCUCUCAUCUCCACGGUAGUGUCAUCUCGCCGUGGCAAUUAAUCUCUGACACCCUACUACUUCCCAUUGUGGCAGCCCGAUCUGGUAGCAUUGUUUCGACGCAAUGGCUCAUAUUGCCAAGUGCCUCGUCGAUAUCGACACCACCUAUAUAACCAAGCAGGCUUCGCAGUCACCCAACGACUCGAAAUUGUCACCAUUACCUCCACAGGAGAAACCAUUUACUUGGAGAAUGCAACAACCUGAUCCGUCGAAGAAGUAUCAACUUUUUCCAAAGGAGAGGAAAUUGCCCGUCCUCAACAGCAGCAAAGCGGUAGACCCGGAUAAGGCAACCAUGGGACCUUCAAUUACAGCAAGUGAUAAGACAGACAACCAGCAGACAACACUCAAUGGCUUGAAGAAGCGGUUGAAUCAACACAGCCUGGCUCGACGACGCAAAAUCAGUGUGCCUGAAGUUGGACCUAUGACAACCGUUCAGGAGCUUUCAAUGGACUCUCGUAAGUCACAUGCUUGGCAAAGGUUGUCGGAUUCUAGACUAAUAUCCUUAUAGCAACAAUUCCUGGUCGCCCACCUUUCCACGAGCGCUCCAUUAGCGCACCUGGCAAUUCGUCCAGAAACUACCAUCUUACCGAUACUUUUCUUUUUGCAUCGAGCGAUGACGAGGGCCCCGAUCCUCAGGCUUCGAUGAAGGGUGAGACCGAGGCGGAUUCUAGAGGUGCAACUCCAACUUCACCAAGACACCUGGCCCCUUUGGUCAUCCCUAGACGAGGAGGACAGUCGCCUUUACUCCGUCGCCAACAGUCGUUGAACUGCUUCCCUGUAAAGAACGAGCCUCUUCGACGGGGUCGCACCAGCGAGUCAUCUCCCCAAAGUUGCACCUCUUUCACACCGAACUCUUCCAUGCCCGAUCUUACAACACCAAAGUCCGCAUCAACAGGCUCAACAACUCCCGUCCCAGUGUCUGCACCACUCAUGGAGCUUCAAGCUGAAUCCCCUCAGCUUUCUGAUGGACGUUAUACCCCUCCUGUUGAUUCAAUUCGGGCAGGACACCGAAGAGGUGGCUCAGAAUCUUCAGUGAUGGACAGAGGUCGUCCUAGGAAGAGGCGUGAUCAGCGCACCAAUAACGGACCGAUCAUCCAGAGGACAGAAUCGAAGAGUAGGAUUACUUCAGAACAAAAGGCCUUUGAGAAACUGCCAGUUGGUGUGAAGCAUACGGAGGCGUUAGAGAAAAUUGAAAUGCCAGAACUUGCGUUGCUUCAGAAGCAAGCUUAUGAACAGGUCGGGCGCUUCGAGGUUCUGAGGGCCGAAGACGUUGAGGCGCUCUCAAAGGAACUCCGCCAUUUGGACGAGAAGACCGAGUACCUUCGCCGCACUUACACUGCACUUCGCUCGGGUCGCAAAAAUCUCCACUCUCGCAUUUGCCAGUACCUGCGUUCGCCUCGCGUGGCCAAGUUCAGCAACGAGUCUAUGCUGAAGCAGGAAGAGGCACUUACCGAGCUGGAUGCCUCCAUUGACGACUGGGUGAACAAGCUGGAGCAGGCUGAGAACAGACGUACUCGUGUUCGCCAGAAGUUGCUCGAACACGUUGCUGCAGCUGCUUGUCUCCCUCUUGGCGGACCAAGCAUGACACGUGAGCCUGUAGUGAGUGGCCCAUCCUCAUCUGGCAUUGGCAAUAUCUCAACCCCACCUCGGAGCCCUUCGAAAGAGACCGCUAUCUCACCUCGUACUGCCAGUUCACCUUCUCCUCAACGUGUUGUGGCUCAAGUUCCCAGCACCAUCCUGGAACAGCCUGUGAUCGAGGAAGAGGCUACGAAAGAAAGCGCUGAUCGCGUGACCAGCACCGGAUCUCUGAAUCGCUCUGAUGUGGAGAGCAUUCGCAUCUAUGCCGGUGACGACGUUUACGCUCUGUUAGCCGAUGUUGAGGAUGAAAUUACCAAGAUGGGCAAGCAGCCGGUGUACGAGCCUAUCCCCCCAAACAACCUGAUCGAAACAAAACGCAUUGAACUUCACCGCCAGAGAAGCCACGAGCUACUCAACGGACUUUCCGGGGAAGCCCACGCAAUGAAGAAACGGGACUUCUCUGAAUGCCGAGCCAUUUCUCCUCUUGCAUCUCCACCAACCUCAUCUGCCACCAAACAAAACGAACAGACGGAAGAUGACCUGCCUCUACUGACGAAUGUUGUCUAUCGACCUUGAUGAGUUUCAACAUAUCUCUGAUAUUUACCACCAUAGUCCUGCCAAAACUGUAUCACAUUUCAACGAUUCACGGCCAAACCAUUUACAAUCCUUUGAUACCCCUACGGCAUUUUCUACAUCUUUUUGCAUAUUUGCGCUACGUCUACUCAUGACAUUUUACGGCUGCAACAGCAUAUUAUGCAUUCAUUGUUUUAUUAUGUAUCAUCAUAGGGCGCAAGCUGGAGGCUUCUGUCAUUUUUCACUGUAUUCCCUUCCUUGAACUGCGUUCACUUCGUUUUAUUGUGUCAAUGCACUGUUAGUUUGUUGCAUAUACCACCCUACCAUAGUACUAAGCUUAGUGCCCUCAUAAUGAUAUUAUCUUGGCAUGUUUUCUGCCAAGGCGCUUUCAACGUAACUCCCUAUCUUCUCCUCUUUAAAGUAAGGACGGAAGAAACCCGUGAUGUGAUCAAAGAGGCAUGUAGUAUCGAAGC